AUGCUCAAAGCCAGAGCUUGGGCAAAGCAUCAAGAGCAAAUUCAGAUAUCGAUCAUUACAAAUGAGUGGAAACAAUGCGUGGGUGAAUCGCGACUGUCGUCGAGCGAAGUAUUGGUUUGCAGCGCUGUGCAGCUAUGUCAUUUGGUAGAAGAGAAACAAGUUGAUUUCGGGAAUGGGAGUGUGCUGGUGGUUACGGAUUUGUCAACUACCGAAAAAAUCGACGGGUCGUUAGUGAAAAUUGCACAAAACUUGUUAGGCAGAGAGACGGAGCCGCAGAUGCUGUAUAUAUCGGACCACCGGGAUCCAGGCGUGGAGGACUACUUCAAGUCCUUCAUUGGCCGCGGUAUUAAGGUGGGUAUUGGCGUUGACGGAGCGGGAGCUGUUAUCUCUCGAAGACCCGGCCCGGUGCAGAACCGAUUUCUCCGGUUUGCGACGGAGAGCAAAAAGUAUAAGUGGCUGGAGGGAGCACUCCCGACAUUGGGCGGCUACGGGAAGAUUCUGGUGUUCUGUAGCACAGAAGAGCGAGCCGUGGACGUUGCGACCCUCCUUCGAAACAGAAAGUCGAGCCUUAACGGCAAAGCACCUGCUGGUAAGCCACUUGGUGGUAAACCGCUUAGCGGGAAGCCUGUGCCGCGGCCCGAGACCAAACCUAUCUCGGUGGAUGUCUUGCAGUGGAUAGACUUGACGGAUAGUUUGACGUUCGAGGUGCGGACGCGGUGCAACCAGUGCAUCGUCACGACCACGCCGGUGGCCGUGAAGGGGUACCGCAAUUCGCUGCAGAGUUUCCCGACGGUUGUUCAUUACGACUUUCCGCGUUCGCUCCAUGAGUUCCAGGAACGCUCCUCUCUGGUCGCCUCCACCACGACCAGCGAGACUCCGGAUGCGCACGCGGGGGCGGCACACAACUAUGUCGCCCUCGUCGAGUCACCGGACUGCGUCGUAGCUGCCAAGUAUAUCGCCUGGGCCUUCCGUCAGACCGACCAAAGCGUGCCCGAGGUGCUGGAGCGAAUCGCCCUCAAGAACAUCGACUACAAACAAGCCAUCGCAGGCAACGCUUCGGGAAUGCCCGAAGACACAAACGAGGUGGUUGUUCGCAGGCAACUGGAGCCAUCGCAUGGGUACUCAGGAGACCCCACGCCUUCGCUAGAAGGAGCGGAUCACUACCACGGUCGCACACACCUUGGUGGUGGCACAAACUUUGGCGACAGGCACCCCCAGGUCCCUCAUGGCGCCCACACGGGGGAAAGCCAUACCGGGAAAGACCAUAACCCGCCCGUGGGCGCACCGGUGGUCAACGCUGUCAAGUCAGUAGUCAGUGCCGGGCGGUCACCAGUCACGCCGGCUUCCGAGGCCGACGUAGGCCAGCGACGAGUCUCGUCACCGAGACAGGGGGAGGGCCCGAUUGGGCUGACGCAAGCCGCACUGGGGCUCCCACAGUUGCUCUCCUUGGCGAUGAUGCAGAGGGCCGGACCCCGCUCGGACGGCUCGGACGACUCGGAUGAUUCUGACCUUUGCUGCACGGACGAGCCCGUGAGCGUGGCCACGGCUGCGGGGUCGCAGCUGGCCAGCGACAGCUUGCUCGUGGACAAGGCGGUCUUGCUUGACCGCCGUCAACGCAACCUGGCCCGGUUCAAGGAGCUGCGUCAAGAAGAAGCGCUACGGGAGGCAUCCAGGACGCGAGAACAGAACCAACCAGACCUCCCGGCCAGCCUGUUGCGGCCCCAUGCGGUUCCUAACCCGCUGGCCUUUGGCUACGAACCUACCUCCGUGACCACGAGAACCGGAGCUCCCAUUACCACGGAAGCCGGUACUCACAUCACCGCCGGUACCGGUACUGCCGGUACGGGGUUUGACUACUUUCUUCCGCCGAGUCAGUUCCUACGAGGAACACCUGGAUUCAAUCUUUCUGCUGCAGAACUUGCCUGCGAUCCAGGACUCGCCUACGGUCAAGGACUGGCCUACGGUCAAGGACUGGCCUACGGUCAAGGACUGGCCAAACCGGAGGGGUGUCCCGGUUCAGCGAGUUUUGGUCCGACAAGUUUUGCUGUAGGUCUUGGCGCGGCAACUCUAGGUUUCGGAGGUCGUUGCGCUGACGGUGGAUUGCCGCUGCGCGAUGCUGUGAACGCAACGCCUGUCGCAGGAGCGGCUAAGAGCAAAUUGAAUCCGGAAGCGCAAGCUGUCUUGGACCGAGUGAACGCUCGGCUGCUCAACCACGCGGGAACCCCACCACGGUGA